GCCGCGUUAGUUGGUAUAUCAAAACCGCAAACCGUCCUUUUUGUUGUAUUGUGCGUUGUUUUCUGCGACGGAGGCAAGAUUUUUAAACAAUUAGCAUCCAGUGUGCUACGACAUAAGCGCCUAUUGCGUAUACGUAAAAGGCCCAUCGAAGGAGCGACCGAAGAAUACGCCAUUAAGCGUAUUGUGUUCCAAGGAGAAUUGCGUAUACGAAAAGGCCCGCGGAGGGACCUACAGAAACAGACCCCGUUCAGCUUUCUGCGAGAGAUUCGCGUUUAAAACGUUAAAAUGAUGAACGAGGCGGCGCUUGCAAACAUGAUACCCUAUGACACCAUUGGAUUAUACGAACAGCCCAAGCCGCGCUUCAUAUUCAAAAUGCCCCGUGUGGUGCCCGACCAGAAAUCCAAGUUCGAGAGCGAUGAGCUCUUCCGGCGACUCAGCCGUGAAAGCGAGGUACGAUAUACGGGCUACCGGGAGCGCAGCAUCGAGGAACGGCAGGUGCGCUUCAUGAACGGAUGCCGCGAGGGUCACACGGAGGCCAGUUUCGUGGCUUCGGGAACCAAUCUGCAGCUGGUGUUUAACGCCAACCAGAAUCCGUACCUACACGACAAGGAAUGCGACUUUGACAAGGAGCACGGCAAGGUGCACAUCAAAUCCUACUUUAUUAUGAACGGGGUGUGCGUCCGCUUUCGUGGCUGGAUGGAUCUGGAGCGGCUGGACGGUGUGGGUUGUCUGGAAUACGACGAACGACGGGCGAUGCACGAGGAUGCUAUUCUUAGGGAUCAGAUCGAUCGCUACAACCAGCGACUGCGGGAAUUCGAGGACACCAAGCGCGCCUACCGCGACAACCGGCAGGACGAAAUGGAGGCGGUGCGACGGGGCGUGGCCUCUGGGGGCAUUGGCGUAGGUGCCAGCAUGUGGCGACGUUAGUUAGACCUGUGGACGGCGCCAGGGCCGUCACAUCCGCAGCUACAGCUCCAGCAGCAGCAGCAGCCGCAUCACCAGCAGCUAGAGACUCAAUUCGCGAAUACUCAAUAUUUCAUGGACAACUGAAAAUGCUCCGAGCCCAUUGAACGGGCCUACCCUUGCGAGAUUUCAAUACGAUUACGUUAGACACGCUCGAAUAAAUAUGCUCCUAGAUUAGUGUUAGAUCUAAUGCUUACUUUACGAAUGCUUUUAUGGUAUUAUACUUACAACUUAGUGUGGAAUUAGUGUCGUAUCUUUAACUAAAAUACAUAAUUACUAAUCGAA